AUGACCUCCUUGGCAGAACUACGCCAACGUCUCCUCCAUCGCUACUAUGUACUCCACCUAAUGUACGGCUGCGGCUACCUCUACGUGUCAUUUAAGCGUUUACGGGAUCCCAAUGUCGAGUUUACAGAUGCUGAACGCAAUGCUCACUUGGCACUCUUUGGUUUCUCGGUGUGGAAGGCGCUUAUGGCUAAUACAGCUGAAGAAUUGGCAAGCGUCUUGAUACUGUAUACCAAGUUCUUUUCAUUUUGCAUGAUUUAUUGGAAACAUGGCAUGGGAUACUCGGUACUUUACCUCAUUGGUUGGUUCACAUUGUCAACACUCUUUCCUCAGCCAUGGUAUCAAGGUCCUACCAAGAUUACCGAGCUGUCACAAGAUGAACUUGUUAACAAGGUCAAAGGCUCCAAGGAUAAGAAACCAGCAUCCAAGUAUUGGGUUGUUAUGCUUUAUGCAAAUUGGUCCCUGGCUUGUCUCAACUUUGAAGCGGUCCUCGCCAAACUUUCUCUAAAGUACUCUGCCGAUCAUAUCAAGUUUGGCAAAUUGGAUAUCGAUGUGUAUGGUGAUGUCGCAGAGGAAUAUGGUAUCAGCCGUGAUCCAGCAUCUUUUGAUCUCCCAGCAUUACUUCUCUUUCGAGAUGGCGCUCUCAUUCGACGUCUACCAGAGUUGACUGUACCCAACGAAUCAUCUUCUGCAGCAAGAACAGCCAAAGAUACGAUUACACGCAUUGGAUGGAGCAAAAAAGCGGCAACGGUGGUUCAAGCAUUUCAUUUGGAUAAGAUCCUAGUUGAGAAAUAA